AAUACAGAAGACGUUUGUUUGAUAUGAUUCAGCCUACUCUGCAUACCCGCAGGAAAGAAUAGCGAAUUGAAUUUGAAUCCAUCUACGAAAGCGGGUUUCAACACAACGGAAACAUGAACCCCGCGAACGAAAGCGAUCAAACGUGCUUGCCGUGCUGUUGCUCGUCGUCGUGUUCGGAAGACGACGAAAACGGUUUCGAUGCCCUMAAUCCGGAGUUYUUGGCGGUGUGCGUGGGAUUUCUGACCGUUAUGGGAUCCCUCGUCGGAUACUACAUUCAACGAAAACGUGAACGAAAGGAGGAAAAGGAAGCCGAUCGGAAGGCCGCAAAUGAYCUGGAUCGACAGCAGGCUUUGGAACGAGUCAGAAAACAACUUAGCGUCUUUGUGGGUCCGUUGCAYCGGCACUGGAAAACACACAACACAAUUUUCGCACAAUUCCAAACAGUGAUGAAAAAUUUCARGAGUCAUUCGUGGAGGAAAGCAGCGCAAAAAGGGGGAAGAGCCUACUGGUUCAAGAUGUUUCCGCAGGAGGCUAUGGAAGCCUUCAGUUCCAAUCCAAUGUCUAAAGAAGCCAAACUUUUUCGCCACGUUGUCAAACGUCGCUCGCAACCAAUCUACACCCGCAUCAGAGAACUUGUCCUGUGCCAUUCUUCCGAUCUGGCUGACAUGCCGACCCAAGAAGAAUGGCUCGAAAAAUACUCAAGGGAAUCGGUCACGUCCCCUUACGUGGGUUCYGUCAACGUGAAUGUCAUUUUGGACACCUUCACGGUGUGGACGCUGGAAUUCGAUGACAUUAUCCAAUCAUGGGAGGAGAACGAUUUUAGCCGGAUGCAACCUAGCACAGAAGUUGCAUGGAUGAUCUGUAACGACCUUGUUGAUGCYUUGUACGAYACCGCSAAGUCGAAGGAAGCCAAGUACAACAAACACGUGAAGAUUCACCAAAACAAGGUGCAGAGAAGUUUGAUUGACCAAAUGAAAAAUGGUGAAUUCAUUGGGGAGGGGUCUGAUGCCGAAGAGCCCGACGAGGCCGACGAACCCGAUGAAAUACUCUUGGCUGUGGCCACGGGUGGCASCAGCUUCAUUGGGAGUAGGUGAUUCUCAUUGGAUUGAAGAAAAUUGAAAAUUAUUUUUCUGUCGCGGAAGAAAUAACACAUGGGAAUAUAUGAAGUGUAUUUAU